ACAUUUUUCCUUAUCCCCACUUAUAUUCCUACCCGCUCUCUCUCUCUCUCUCUCUUUAACGGAGGAAAUUUAGGAACAUAGUGAAAAGAUAAACCAGGAAGAGUAUGGAAGCUUGCCUGAGUUCUAAUUCUUUCUCCAUGACCACAGAUCUUGUCCCCUCCAUCAAAGCUAGAAUAGCCACCUUCCCCAAGAGAAACUCCUUUCCAUUUCAGUUCAGAAAAAAUUGCGUAUCCUUUUCCAUUGCAUGUAGCCAACAGGGGUCUCAGCCACCGGAAGAUGACACGAAGCCCAUAAUUGAUGCCGACUGGCGAUCCUUCAGGGCGAGAUUGGUCGCCGGAGAAGGUGCGACAAGGCCGGAUAAGCCUUCUACAGCGGUCGACCCCGAGGCGGCGGUCGACCACCCUCCUCCACAGGUGACAAUCGGAGACAAAUGGGCCCACAGUCUCCACGAACCUGAGAAGGGCUGCUUGCUCAUCGCCACCGACAAGCUCGACGGGGUCCACAUUUUCGAACGGACGGUGAUCCUGCUCUUAUCCACCGGCCCUGUGGGGCCCACUGGGAUCAUACUCAACCGGCCGUCGCUCAUGUCGAUCAAGGAAACGCGAUCAACGGUCCUGGACGUCGCCGGCACCUUCUCCGACAGGCCGCUAUACUUCGGGGGCCCUCUGGAGGAGGCCAUCUUCCUGGUGCGUCCAAACGGCGGCCGUGGUGGCAGAGACGGCGGAGACGGAGUGGAAAAGAGUGGGGUGUUUGAGGAAGUGAUGAAGGGAUUGUACUAUGGCACGAAGGAGAGCGUGGGGUGCGCAUCGGAGAUGGUGAAGAGGCAGGUCGUCGGAGUGGAGGAUUUCAGGUUCUUUGAUGGGUACUGUGGGUGGGAGAAGGAACAGUUGAAUGAUGAAAUCAGGGCUGGGUAUUGGACCGUGGCAGCCUGCAGCUCAAGUGUGAUUGGGCUGAGUAGUGUUGGGAGUGUUGGGCUUUGGGAGGAGAUUCUUGGGCUUGUUGGGCCCAGAAAGGUUUGGUGACCCAUUUGAUUUUUAGGUCACUUUUGAUGUGGGGUUGGGCACUAAAGUGUGGGGUGCCCUUGAGGACAUCAUUGGAAGUGAUUUCUCAACUAAAGUGAACUGUUUAUCUUUCAGGCACCUAGGGGAAAAUGUCCUAGAAAAUGUGGGACAUUUUGUAUGACAACUGAUCCAAUUUCCCAAUUCAAGGGUCAAUUUCUCUGUUGUCCAUUGGAAUUGCAUUUGUUCUGCUCACUUCACAUGUGUUGGUAUGGGAUUUUGAGAACAGGCAUUGAGAUAAGAGCAAAAAAAAAAAAAACAAGGUUUAUAAAAAUUAUAAAGGCAUUUGCAAUGGAAAAUUCACAUUUAUCUAUCUUACCAGACAUUGUGUUUCACUCAAUUCAAAUGAGUUAUUGUAUGUUUUGGGCCAUUCAAUCAAAUGAACUCUACAUUUUUAAUUUAGAAAA